AUGAAGAAUCCAGGGAAAAGAUCAUCAGUUAAAAGAUUACUUGAACAUCCAUUUCUACAAGAAAAUUUAACAACACAAAUUGCAAAAGACCUCUUGGAUAGAUUAUAUAAUGAAGCAAUGAAUAAUACCAUAUCCGAAGAUAGAGAUAACGAUAAAGAUGAUAGACAUUCUCCAUUAAAUGUUCCAUUAUCAACAAAAAAUAAGAAUAAUGAAAAUGUCGAACAUAUUCAACGAUUACAAUCAUUAGGUUUAGCUGAAGAAAAUAUUCAUACUUUAAUGAAAAAAUUAUCAUUAAGUGCAUUUGAAAAUUUAUCUUUAAAUGAAAUUCAACAUAUUGUUGAUGUAAUAUGUAAUAUAUGA